AGGAGGGCCUCAACAUACGAUAAGCAGCAGUACAAAUAUCUCCAACUUCCAGAUCCGCCAAAAGCAUACGACGAAGAUCCCAUGCAACCCCUAACUACAUCACCACAGUUAGAAUAUCAUCCUUACCGUCGUUCUCGUCCAACCGCCAACUCGACCAAACCCCAAUCAUCCUCUCCUCCGAGCCCCCAGACGCAUCACGAACCCUAUCAUCGACCCCCGUGCAGGCGGCGACCCCAGCCCCUACACAUCUUCUACAACGCAGACAUACGUAAACCAAUCAUCAACCGACCCAAGCUCCCACUGGAAAUUGCAAGGAGCUACUUUGCAGAGCUUAUUGGGUGUACGAGGCUCAAAUUGGGUAACUCAUCGCGAAAGGCUCAGCGACGCUGGAAGAUGGGCCGUAUGCCAAAGAGCCGAAUGCUUCGUAUGUGGCGGGGCAGACGCUACGACGGUGACUGCGACACAAAUGGCUGAAUUACGUUAUUGAGACGGGAUUUGAGGAGC